CGAGCAGUUGAAGGACAUCAAAUGAAACAGGGCAGCUUACAGCGAGUCCUCUUGAGUUUUGCGCGUAGCCUGUCCUCCGAGCCAGGAGACAGUACGUUUUAGAGAAAAUCAUGGAAGAAAAAUCUAAUUCGUUCUCCAGCAACAAAGAAGUGGAGAAAGCGGAUGGGAAUAAUGUAUUUCAGAGGCAAGACUCGAUACAGAAGAAGAAUAUGGGGAGCCAGAACAUGAAAGCAGGGGACCACGCGAACUCGGUGGGCUUCAAGGGGGACCAAGAGGAAGCCUUGGUCGGGUUCGACGAUCUAGACGGGUCCGGGGACCGACAUGGCUUUAUGCAGAGGCAAUUUGGAGCGAUGAUGCAGCCUGGCGUCAAUAAGUUCUCCCUGCGAAUGUUCGGCAGUCAGAAAGCCGUUGAGAAAGAGCAAGAAAGGGUCCAAACGGCGGGAUACUGGAUCAUUCAUCCCUAUAGCGAUUUUAGGUUCUACUGGGACUUGGUAAUGCUGGUCAUGAUGAUGGGGAACCUGAUCAUCAUUCCUGUAGGAAUAACCUUCUUCUCGGAGCAGACCACCACCACCUGGCUAAUAUUCAACGUAGCAUCAGACACCAUCUUCCUCGUGGAUCUGGUCAUGAACUUUCGCACUGGAAUCGUCAACGAGGAGAGCUCCGAGAUCAUCCUGGACCCCAAGGUCAUCAAGAUGAACUACCUGAAGAGCUGGUUUGUGGUCGACUUCCUCUCGUCCAUACCAGUGGAUUAUAUAUUUCUAAUAGUGGAAAAGGGUUUUGACUCAGAGGUGUACAAGACGGCGAGGGCGCUGAGGAUCGUGAGGUUUACUAAGAUUCUGUCUCUUCUGAGGCUGCUGAGACUUUCCCGACUCAUCAGAUACAUACACCAGUGGGAAGAGAUCUUCCAUAUGACCUACGACCUGGCCAGUGCUGUGGUAAGAAUAUUUAAUCUGAUAGGGAUGAUGCUACUGCUCUGCCACUGGGACGGUUGUCUACAGUUCCUGGUCCCCCUCCUACAAGAUUUCCCCCAAGAUUGCUGGGUGUCGCUAAACGGUAUGGUUAAUGACUCGUGGGGUAAGCAGUACUCGUACGCUCUCUUCAAGGCCAUGAGCCACAUGCUGUGUAUCGGGUACGGCGCCCGGGCGCCCGUCAGCAUGUCCGACCUGUGGAUCACCAUGCUCAGUAUGAUUGUGGGCGCCACCUGCUACGCCAUGUUCGUCGGCCACGCCACCGCUCUCAUCCAAUCACUGGACUCGUCCCGCAGGCAGUACCAAGAGAAGUACAAACAAGUGGAGCAGUACAUGUCAUUCCACAAGCUACCUGCAGACAUGCGGCAGAAGAUACAUGAUUACUAUGAGCAUCGCUAUCAGGGCAAGAUCUUUGACGAGGACAAUAUCCUGAGUGAGCUCAACGACCCGCUCAAAGAGGAAAUUGUGAACUUCAACUGCCGGAAGCUAGUGGCUACCAUGCCACUGUUCGCCAACGCAGACCCCAACUUCGUGACGGGCAUGUUGAGCAAGCUGAAGUUCGAGGUGUUCCAGCCCAACGAUUACAUAAUCAGAGAGGGCACUGUGGGCAAGAAGAUGUACUUCAUCCAACAUGGUGUGGCCAGUGUUAUCACCAAGCUCAACAAAGAGAUGAAGCUGACUGACGGCUCCUACUUUGGAGAGAUUUGUCUGCUGACGAAGGGGAGACGCACGGCCAGCGUUCGUGCUGACACCUACUGCCGUCUCUUCUCCCUCUCUGUGGACCACUUCAACGAGGUGUUGGAGGAGUACCCCAUGAUGCGCCGCGCCUUCGAGACUGUAGCCAUCGACCGCCUGGACCGCAUCGGGAAGAAGAACAGUCUGCUCCUCCAGAAGUUCCAGAAGGAUCUGAACGCUGGGGUGUUCAACACACAGGAGAACGAGAUAUUGAAACAGAUAAUCCGGCAGGACAGGGAGAUGGUGAUGAUGGUGGACCGCAAGCAGUCGGUCACAGGGAUGUCGGUCACAGGGAUGUCGGUCACCGGGAUGAAUUCCACCCCGAUAUCUGGAAACUCCAUCAUUAACUCUCCGGCUCAGCAGCCCUACACCACUGCCCUGGGCAACAACCAGUUUCAGCAGUCAGCCGCCCAUUUGACCUACAGCGCUUCGGCCGUCAUCGCCCCCUCCGCCGCAGCCCGCAUCCUGCCAGCCUCGUCGCAGGGUGUCUACCCUGUCCCCAGUGUCUCCCACAGCAACCUGAUCUCAUCCUCGCCCGUCCCCCAGACCCCACUCUCUCUCCAGCAGCAAGGGUCUAUCAUGUCCCCGGUGUCCUUCACCACGGCUGUGUGCAGUCCACCCGUGCAGACCCCUGGGCUGGCGGGCCGCAGCUUCCAGUAUGGCUCGCCCACCUCCUCCCAGCUCUCCCUUAUCCAGCAGCCGCUGCCUACUGCCCUACCGUCCCAACAACCACUACCACAGCCACAGCAACCACAACAGCUGCCCCAGCAACCAGGAGGAGCUGCAGCCUCCUUGGCAACACAACAACCACAACAGCAGCAGCAGCCAACACAGCAGCAAGUCCUGUCACCUCAGAGGAGUGACAGCCACCACAAGGGCAGCCAUGCUCUCCAGUCUGGAAGCCUGAGUCGAGACGUGCGCCACCUAUCUGCCUCCCAACCCUCCCUGCCCCAUGACACGUCCCUGGGGCCCCGAGUGCACCCUGGGGUGUCCGGGGACUCCCUGUCCUCCAUCGCCCCACCGGUGGCUGCGGUCCAGGGGACGGGUAUGCAGAGCGGUCUCCGCACCACAGUGCCCCAGAGGGUCAACCUGUUCCGCCAGAUGUCAUCGGGAGCGUUGCCCCCGGUGCGAGCGGCGUCCUCUACAGCCCAGCACAGGGAUUCCACAGGCUCUAGAGAUUCUAGAAGAGAUUCUAACUUAAGCAGUACAGAGACCGACCAAGAUAAGAUGCGGUUCGCAUCAAAUUUAUGAUCCCAUUUUACUUUUUUAAACUUCUGUUUUAAUUCAAUUUUAAUGGAGAUACAAAAAAAGAGAGGAAUUUUAGUAGUUUUAGUUUUCUCCAAUUUUUCUUCUGAAGAAAAUAACCUCAUAGAAUUCCUGUACAGACUUCCCUUGUAUUAUAUUUUAGACACAUUUUCUCCCUAAACUUAAGAAUGUAAAUUAAACAAAUAUAUAUAUCAAUAUGUGUAAAUCCAACUAGAAUAUUUGGCAAAGACUAUUUAAAAGCUCUAGUACAUAAACAUGAGUCUUCCUUUCCAAAAAAUAUAAAUAUACAAUGUAUGGAGAUUUUAUUGGGGGGGGUUGUUUGUUUGCUAUUUUCUGUUUUUGUAAACUGGAAUGCAUCGUGAUGACAAUUACUUUUAGAUUUUUGUUUUUUACCUGCAAGAAGAGGAACAAAUAUCUUCUCACAUUACGCAGCUUUGUCACCACUGUGGAAUAACUGACGCAAGCGAACCUUGAAACUGUCAAAAAGCACACACUCAAACAUAAAUCUGAUAACAAAUUUGUGGACCCUUUAUCUUAUCUUAGCAAUCAAACACAGGUACAGUAGCUAGGUGUUCCAUUGCUCUCAGCAAUACAUCCUCUUGAGCCACAAUAUCUUCAUGCAGUGGUUUGUAAAGACCAUGACAGUGUAAUGGGUCCAAAGGGAAUUAAAUAAAUAUAAUUGCUGCUUUUCUUUUCUUUUUUUGUAGAGAAGGAUGUUGUGUGGUGUGGGCGAGGGAUGGAUGAUGCUGUUUUUCUAUUCCUAAUUUCAGACAGUGAUAGAUGUUAUGUAAUGUUGCUUAAAAAACUGUGUACAUUUAUAAUAUUUCUAAACUAAAGAUUAUCACCAUUAUGCAAUAGACUGUGAUAUAAAGAGUAUCUAUAUGUGUGUUGUAAAUAGUUUUAUAGAGCUAGUAUUUACAGAUACUGUGUGGUGCAUUCUCAAUCAUAACAAUGUCUUACUUCUUUCAGGAACCUGGAUAUCAUCUAUAUGCGAAAAAAAAGUUAAUAAGUGAUAACAAUACAUAUGUUCAUUAGAGAUAAGAAAACCUUAAUGCAAUAGCUAUCACUACUUGAUACUGAAAAAUGCCUGUUCUGAAGUCAAACUGAGAAUCCUUAUUUGUCUGUAUAAUAUCGAUGUCCUUGUUUCAUAAUUCAUUUAAAACAUCAAGCAAGUAUAUAAGAAGCGAAUGAGAGAUGAAAGAUUAUUUUUAACACUUGAGGUUUCAACAUGUCAUUUAUUUAGUUGGCUGCUUAACACUUUUUAUUAUACCCUUCAAACAUGUUUCUUCUUUAUGCUACUCUAUCUUUGGAACAGUAUUAUUUCUAGAGAUGCUAUAUAUGGAUUUCAAUAAAAUGGAUCAUACAAAUAACUUUUAUAAUUUUACCAAUAUAUUCAUACUACACAAUACAGUAAUACCCUGUUAAAGUGUAGGUGAUGUUGUUUAUCAUUUCUUACUGUGGGUGUGUUGGGUGAGUUGCCUACAGCAAUUAACAGUUAUUAUAAGUCUGACGACCCACACACGAUCUGCCAUUUUAGAAUUACUGUAAAUAUGAAUCAUUGUUGAAUAUUAUAUCUUUACUGCAAUGUUUUAGUUAGUUUUGACACCAUUUGAUUGCCUAUUUUUUUAUAAAAUUGUUUAUUCCAUCCACUGAAAGAACUCUAAGUUUGAAGACGCAAAAUGUGUUACGUGUUUGGAUGUUGUAUUCCGUCAGCUUUUUUAAAAUUUAAGAUUUUAAAAAUUGUAUUUGUAUUAACUCGCCUUUCAUAUCAUGUAUUGUAAACAAUGUGAUAGAAUAGUGUGGCAGGAUGAAUGCCAUUUUUUAAAAUCCCAUUCAUCUCAAUGGAAAGAAAGAUCUUCCUGCCGACAGACAUUUGAUCAAUUUUCUAGGUCUUUUUCUGCAAUAUGCCUAUGCUGUAGGUUUGCAUUCUAGGAGUGUAUCAUAUCAGCUGUUAACUGGGUAUUACUGUGUUGUCAACUUACCAGUCACAGUCAACUGAUGUUGAAAAGACAGAUGUGACCUUUCCAGACACUUCUCUCUUGUUGAAUAGGUAAAGUCAUAAAUUAGUUGUUCAGGGACGAUUUUCAAAAAAUUCAAAUUGUGUUAUUAGCGCAAGAGCAACACAUGCUGGUUUGCAUUAAGGUUUCUGUCUCUUGUGUGUGAAUUCAUCAUAUCUGGGCCUAGAUAUUCUAAACUGACUGGGGUGUAUCUUAAACCAGAAUACUGUGACUAACAUAGGUAAUAAUAAAGAGUACUUUUUUGGUUGUUGAAAAUUUCGAUCAAAUCAAUCAAAUGUUCAACAUGCUGACAAUUAAAUUCAACAUGUGCAAUAACAACACAUUACAGUUACAAUAGUAACAAAACAAAAAACAUUUAUGCACUCAUUUAUUUAGUAUCCAGAGGGUCCAGAAAUGUGACUAAACUGUGAGUCAAUCAAAUGAGGUCAGUCAUGAUAACACAGCUUACCCUGUAAGGUUGAAGGCUAUUUGACAUGCUUAUGAAUUUAUGUGUUUAUUUGUUAAAGACCCCCAUGUAUUGUGUAUCACGACCAUGUGAGUACUGAGUAUGAUAUUUUCCUCACACACAAUAGCAACGACCUCUCAUGGUUUUAGAGUCUUCAUGUCUUCAUGGCACCAAACAGGCUCUAUCAGCUCAGCGUAUCGAAGCCCUUACAGAUACAGUUUUUAAAUAUUUUAACAGUACUUCAAUACAGACAGCGUGUGUCAAUAUUCUACCAAUAGAGUCCACCCACAAAAUGUCUCAUAAAAAGCAUGCACUCUCAAACAUUUAAAAAGAUACUAUCUAAAAAUGUUGACGUUCAAUGUACUGUGAGAUUAUGUUUUGUUGUUUUGUUCAUUGUUUGCCUAGACAUUAUUUGUGUGUAACGGAAGCAUUGGAAUUUUCACAAAAGGACAUUCUUAAGUAUUUGUGCCUAAAACUAUAGCCAUGUUCCAUCCUUUUUUGUUAUGAGUGUGAAGAGCUAUGAUGUGAAUAUGCACCUGCGUGCACACAUACAUUACUUUAUCAUAUGUGUUCUAUGUUUCAGUAUUUUUAGAGAGGAAGAUGUAAGCAAUGAAGAUGAUGGCCAAAUGUCUCUGUUUAUCAAUUGGAAUUUUUUAACACAAUGUGAACUUCUAUAAAAAGGUUCUAUCAUUCUAUUCUUAAUUCUCAGAAUUACAGUAAUGACUAGUACAGUAAAAAGUGCAGUCUAUAGAACUGGGAAGGUAUUAACAUAACAUGUUGACUAGACAUUGUAGAAAUUCUGAGCACAUUUGUAACUUUCUUUGUAGCUAGCCACUGAUGUUGGGUUGAUUAUUAAAGUUGCGUGGAAUGAAACUGGCCAAAGCAAAACAUUAAGUAAUUUUCUUUGUUUUGAAAACCGAUACAGACUCUUCAAUCAGUUAGAUUAAGUGGAAAGAAGGUUAAAAGGGAGAUGUAUUAUCUAGAUUCUAGAUUGGAACUCUCCUCCCCAUUCUAGGGUUCUAAACAUGGAGAGAUAUUCUAUUCCAACAAAGAUGUUAUAUUACAACAAAGAGCGCUUAAUCCUGUUCUGCCAUAGUAAGUGUAUAGGUCCUAGUACACAGUUCAGCUGGAUAGCAGCAGUGUUGGUUUGUGCUGUUAUUGAUACUUGCCUUUGGAGGGAAAGCUUCCCAACUAUAUGCUUUUUUUCACAAUAAUUCUGACCACAGCUAGCUAGCAUUCUGGAACGGACAUUAUGAGGAUGUAUGUUGAACAGCACGAAGGGACAAAUGAGCUUACCGUUUUAGCAGUAUGGAGAACACUGAAUAAACCAGCACAUAUAUGUGUAUUUCUUUUUAUUUCUUUUUUAUGCAAAAAUAACAAAGAACAGUGCCCAGAGAAAGGAAACCAGGGCCUGUAUUCACAAAGCCUAUUAAAGUAGAAGUGCUGAUCUAGGAUAAGUUUUAACUUUUAGAUUAUAAUGAAGAUUAUAUGGACACGGCGCUAAACUGAUCCUCCUACAUAAGCACGCACACUCUGAGACGCUUUGUGAAUACGGGCCCCGACCUUUUGGUUUACGACCUCGACAGGUUUUAUAUGUUUACUGAUAAUGUGCGAUAAUGUGCAUGUUGGAGAGAGAGAGGGGAAGAUUAUGGAGAUAAUGUUGUAACGAGCCGCACGAACACUCCCCUUAAACCCCGCUGAUAGACAUGAUCAUUGUAGAGCUCCUUCAUGUUAAUUAACCAAGGCUUGGUAAAAAUGAACAAUUAGUUGGUUACUUGACACAGGCUAAGGAAAGGUACAUGUAAAACUUUCUUACAACUAUAUGCAGACAAACGGUGUUUGUCAAAAAAUUAUUUCGAUUUCUGUUUUUAUUUUUGUUUGUUUGUAAAUAAUAAACC